GGCCGAGGUCCAAACCAGGAAGCUAGCGGUUUCACAGGCUCACUCGGCCAAGUGCGUCUGCAUCUCACUUUAACCUCCGAGUCGGCUGUCUCUCUUGCUUUCGAGCUCUCGUCAUGGCAUGAAUAAUGUCAUCGCGCUUUCGUUGGCCGGUGUAGAAGAAUACUUAGGGGUGUUUUGCCUUUACUUUGUAUUGGCUUCCCCCAAUUGUGCAUCACGAACUGCUUUGUUGACUUGUUCUACUUAUUGCCGUGCGAGUCGCAUUUGUUCAUGCCACGGUAGUGGUCUCUAGCUCGAACUUUGUCAAUAUAACGGUUAAAUUUCUGGCAUACGCCUCGCCGCCAUCUCAAUACCGACUGCUGUCAUUGCGGAUCUUCGCGCUGACUUGUGCAGCUACCUGUCUACCUUCAGCUUCUCGGCAUACCUGUUCUACAUAUCUUUCUGGCAAUAGAACUAACCAACAAACAUGAGCGCUCAAUCCAAGCCCGCGACGCUUCCACCAUGGGGUGCUGCUGUAGCUGGCGCCACUGGUGCCGUCUUAGCGAACACGCUGGUAUAUCCCUUAGAUAUAGUUAAAACUCGCCUCCAAGUCCAAAUAAAACGAAAGCCAGGGGAUGUACAUCACGAUUCCGAGCCACAUUACACCUCAACAUGGGACGCGAUCACCAAGAUGGUAGCUGAGGAUGGCGUCAAGGGACUCUACACCGGGAUUAAUGGCGCGCUCAUUGGAGUCGCCUCGACGAAUUUUGCUUACUUUUACUGGUAUUCUAUCGUGCGCGGGAUAUACUUGAAGUCCAAGAAGGUUCCAACUCCGCCAUCGACUGCUACCGAGUUGGUCUUAGGUGCUGUUGCCGGCGCCGUCGCCCAAGUUUUUACAAUCCCUGUUGCUGUUGUGACGACACGGCAACAAACCCAGAGUAAGGCAGACAGGAAGGGGUUGAGAGAAACGGCUCGCGAAAUCAUCGAAGGCGAGGAUGGCCCUUCUGGUCUAUGGAGAGGCUUGAAGGCUAGCUUAGUUUUGGUAGUUAACCCUGCCAUAACAUACGGCGCAUAUGAGCGAUUAAAGACCAUCAUAUUCCCAGGAAAGAGUCGGUUAACACCGGGAGAAGCAUUCUUGCUUGGCGCCAUGUCCAAAGCCCUAGCUACCAUCGCGACUCAGCCCCUUAUUGUGGCUAAGGUUGGCUUGCAGUCCAAGCCUCCACCACAGCGUCAGGGGAAGCCCUUCAAGGGGUUCAUUGAGGUGAUGCAGUUCAUCGUCAAACACGAAGGACUUCUGGGACUCUUCAAGGGUAUCGGUCCGCAGUUGCUAAAGGGACUCCUAGUGCAAGGUAUUCUGAUGAUGACUAAAGAACGAAUGGAACUCGGUUUUAUCCUAUUGUUCCGGUAUAUUCGCAAGCUUCGGGCAGAGCAACUCGCCAAAGCAACUAAACUUGCUACUAAAGCCAAAGCUGCAUUGCCAGUUACCACGAAUUAGAAGCAGAUAGAAGGCGUCUAAGAUGUAGAAUUGUAUCUCAUAUGAACAGGCAUACAUCGGAUUUUUGGCCUAGUAGAGUUCUGUGUAAUGUAUAUCCGGAUUACUAGGUGGAGGAUUGUUUGUAUAGACUUGCUGUUGUAUGAGUUGUCUAUAUUGGUCCAUGAUUUAUCCCGGAUACAAUUUACUGGACAAAGACAAGGAUAAAGCAUUCUCUAUGACAUUGCACAUCAAGGACGAGAAGUGAAUCAACAAAUAACACGAUUCGGGUCAGUUAUCAACCCACAGACUAGUAAAUACGUAAUAAGUACUUAGAGUACCCACAGCUGGCACGCAGCUGUCAUCAGUCAC